AUGAUGAAAGGAGCGGGAAGAGGCGACCGCGGCGCUUCAGUCAGGGGGGCGGCUGGGGCCGGCCGCGGGGUCCGAGGUGUGGGAAGGGUCGCGGCCGGGCUCACCUCAGCUGGCUCGGGCGGCGGGCGGUACAGCGCGGGGACCGGCGGGGCCGGGGGUCGGCGGCGGCGGCGGCGGGUGUCCUCGGCCGGUGGGUCGCGGUCAUGGACGCGGCGGCGGCGGCCGAGGUGCGGCGCGAGCGGCCGCGAGGGCGCCCUACUCCCCUCGCGGCUGCCUGCGGACAGAGGGGACGGCGGGGACUCAGAGGCCGGACCUGUCACCGGGGCGGGUCCCAGGGAGGCGGGCGGAUGCCCCGCGCCCCCGCCUCCUCCUUGGGGCCUACCGCGCCCUCGUCCCUCAUGCCGCCGCCGCCGCCGCCUCCUCCCCGGGCCACGCGACGACACCCGUUCCCCGCCUCCCCCCCACCCACCCCACAGCGCCUCCCCGGGGCCCAGCUUGCGGCAGCCGCGGGGCCUGCGCCCGCCAAGCCCGGACUCACCUCGGGCCGGCCCGGCCCCGGCCGGGGCUGCGGGAGCCAGAGGAGCCGGAAGACUGCAUGGCCGGCGGAAGGAGGAGCGGCGCGGCCCGCACCCGGCCCCCGGCGGCGCCGAUACUCGGUCCCCGGGGCCCGGCCGCGUUUCGCCGGGGCUGGCGGGGAGGGGCGGCGGGGAGGAAGCGGCGGGAGUCGGCACUGCUGCAGAGCCGCCCCCAGAGCGCCCUCUAAUGAAGGCGCGGCGGCCGUCGUCCGCCCGCCCGCUCGCGCCGCCGCCGCCGCCGCCGCCGCCGCCAGGGAUCCCGCUGUCCGUGGGUCGAGGCCCUUGGGGCCCGCCCGGUCCCGAGGCCGGGACCUGGCUCAGCCCGGGACCGAGGAAGAGGGCCGCUCGAAAAGAUCUAGUAACGAGCUCCAGCCCUUCCACCACACGAGAAGGAUUUGGUCCAGAUUUAGAACCGCUUUUCUGCCGAAACAGUGGUUUUUCAUUGUGA